ACGUAGCCACUAUCCAAUAAUUCACAAUUUUCUCGCAACAAAUUCUCUCCCUCUCAAUAAUCCAAUCCACCAUGUUCUUCUCCAGAUCCAAUUUUCCCCCAAAAUGCACACAAUCUCCCAAAUUCCUGAACCCAAAAUCAGACGUUGACUUCCAGGUACAAUCUGUUCUUGUCUGACUUCAGAUUUAUAUGCGUUUCGGAUUUGAGUUUCUACGAAUGGUUCUCGAGGGAGUUUAUAGCUAAGUCCACAGCAUUAACUCGGUUUCCUCUGUCUCUCUUGUUAAUUUGAAGAAAUCCAGCGUUUAAAUCCACAUUUUUCCAUAUUUGAAACUCUGAUUCUUAGUUAAGAAUGUUCUUGUAUGAUUCUGAUUCUCGAAUUCUUGACCGGAAGUGUGAAUUUGUCGCUAUCUUCUUCGUUUUCACUUCCGUUGCUUCUGUUUUUUGCUCUUGAUGAUCGAAAUUUGAAACCUAGAUCUUCCGUUGUUUUCGUGUUCAUCCCUAAAUUAGUUUAGCUCCAUGGGAUUCAGUGAUUGGAAGCUACUGGAAGGUUCGUAUGGUAUUGGUUGAUGAAUGAAUUCCAGCAUUCAAGUAUUUGUGUUCUUCUCUUGUUAUUUGAUUCUUUGGAGAGAAGUUUAAGAUUUAUUUUCUUGUGAAGUAUGCUUUCUAGUUCGCCCAAAAUGAUCGGUCGAAAUAUUUUGAAGUUCUUCGGCGCCCCAUAAUCAUCUACCACCUGUUAUCAACUCCAAGACUUGUAUCAAUAGAGCUUGUAGUUUCCUUGCGUCAAAUUUCUUUAUGUUUCUUCAUAACUCUGGCAUUUACUAGAAAAAUCUAUAUGAUCUAUCAUUUCCUUGAGCUUAGAUCAUAGGCAACAAUGUCUAUCAUAUGUGGUGUACCUAUCCUUGAGUGCGUAUGCUGUCUGGGAUGUGCACGUUGGGUCUGGAAACGCUGUCUCCACACAGCUGGUCAUGACAGUGAAACUUGGGGCUUUGCCACAACCGAUGAGUUUGAACCUAUUCCGCGAAUUUGUCGAUAUAUCCUAGCUGUGUAUGAAGAUGAUAUUCGAAAACCUCUUUGGGAACCAGUUGGUGGGUAUGGAAUCAAUCCAGAUUGGUUACUCUUGAAGAAGACAUACAAAGAUACACGAGGGCGGGCUCCUCCAUAUAUUUUAUAUCUCGAUCAUGAUCAUGGCGAUAUUGUUCUUGCCAUCAGGGGACUUAAUUUGGCAAAGGAGAGUGAUUAUGCAGUUUUAUUGGACAACAAGCUGGGGAAGAUGAAAUUUGAUGGUGGAUAUGUUCACAAUGGGCUUCUGAAGGCAGCUGGAUGGGUUUUGGACAGUGAGAAUGAAACUUUGAAGGAUUUGGUGAAGAAAUAUCCGGAUUAUACUUUGACGUUUGCUGGUCAUUCUCUUGGCUCUGGAGUAGCAGCCAUGCUAACUUUGGUAGUUGUACAGAAUCACAAAAAAUUGGAAAAUAUUGAUCGGAAGCGGAUAAGGUGCUAUGCUAUUGCUCCUGCUAGGUGUAUGUCCCUGAAUUUGGCUGUUAGAUAUGCAGAUGUCAUCAACUCUGUUGUUCUUCAGGAUGACUUUUUACCCAGGACAGCCACACCCUUGGAAGACAUUUUUAAGUCACUCUUCUGUUUGCCAUGCCUUCUAUGCCUGGGGUGCCUGCGGGAUACAUGCAUAUCGGAGGACAAGAUGCUUAAAGAUCCGAGAAGACUUUACACACCCGGUCGACUCUAUCACAUUGUUGAGCGAAAGCCCUUCAGGUGUGGAAGGUUUCCGCCAGUUGUGAAGACGGCCGUUCCGGUGGAUGGGAGGUUUGAACACAUAGUUCUUUCUUGUAAUGCAACCUCUGACCAUGCUAUCAUUUGGAUUGAGAAAGAAGCCAAAUGGGCCCUGGAAUUAAUGCUGGAGGAUAAUAAGGUCAUGGGGAUACCACCCCAACAAAAGAUGGAAAGGCAAAAUACUUUAGCAAGAGAGCACACUGAAGAGUACAAGGCUGCAUUGCAGCGGGCAGUGACGUUAGCAGUGCCACAUGCAUACACACUUUCCCCGUAUGGAACCUUCAGCGAAACAGUUGAAGGUGAAGAAGAAAAAGAAGAAGAAUCACCAGCAUCGAGUGGAGGGUCAUUGAGGAAGAGGAAAGAAACUUGGGAUGAACUGAUCGAGCGUCUUUACGACAAGGAUGACUCAAGACACGACAAGAAUGAGUCGAGAUACACCGUGCUGAAGAAAUCAUUCAGUAGUAUUUGACCCUACGGAUUAUAUUUAUGAAGAGGAUGUCGAUUUUCUUGGAUUCAUCCGAAGUUUGAGGCGUGAUGAAGUUCAGCAAUUGUUUAAAUGCAGGAAGUGAAAAUUAGUAGUCUGUGGAGGUAAGCUGGCCCAUAUUUUUUGUUAGGAUUAGCUCAUUCUAUACAAUUGUUUAAAUGUUGAGUUAUAUUAUAUACCAAUAGCUCUACGUAAUAGUUGGUGACCAAGCUUCACAUUCUCAUCCACUAAUAGAAGAUCCAUGCUUCCCUUUGAUA